AUUUUGGAGGAACAGGAGGGGGAGGGCCCUUCGCAUAGCAGGAAUCCUUAAAAAAAAAAAAUAACUGCUUCCUGACAAUCUGCCAAGAGAGAGAGAGAGAGAGAGAGAGACUUUUCCGGGAAGCGAGGGGGUGGAGCCUGUCCUCUCUUCUUAUAAGCCCUCCUCUCUAACCACUGCUUUAUUACUGAUACACAGCUCAACGAGACGGCAUCUCACAGGCUGUUCCACAAAGACAAAAGUACAUUACAAAGUCAGAAGUUUGUUUUCAAAGAGCUUUAAACCUGACUGACGACUGCAGGAUAACUGUGAACAAGCAUCUACUUGGAUUAAUAUUGCAAGAGUGCGUUUGGAGAAGCGUUGGAGGUGUUUCAUUUCCAGACACUGAAAUCUCCUCAGGCCCCUCUGAACCCACUGAACCUCCGUUUGACCCCGUCACCUCAUCUCCUCUUGUCUGUGUGGUGCCCCGUGCUCCCCCAGGCUUCCUUGAGAGUGGGCACAGCGCCAUGGUAACUUACAGCAAGUUUGACUUCAGGAUGAGCAGCAGCUUCUUGGACUCCUCCAACAUGCGGCUGCCUCAGCGUUACAAGACUUUCUCCUCCAAGACACAGUACCAGAUGGUCCUGGACACGCUCCACAAGCUGCAGGAGAGCGGCUUCUACUGGGGCGCCGUCAACGGAAAGGAGGCCAACGCCAUGCUGGCAACUGAAGCCACUGGGACGUUCCUCAUCCGGGACAGCUCGGACAAUAGGCACCUUUUUGCCCUGAGUGUCAAAACUGCAUCUGGCACCAAAAACCUGCGCAUCCAAUGUGACUCAUCCUCUUUUUACCUGCAGACAGACCCUAAAAACAUUCAAUCUGUCCCCCACUUUGACUGUGUCCUCAAGCUGGUGCAUUACUACAUGUCUCAGAGCAAAGGCAACACACGCAGUGGGAGUAUCUACUACAUUUACUCUGCAGGGCAGAAGAUCCCCCUGGAGCUCAUCAAACCUCUCUCAUGUAGCUUAUCCACUUUGCAGCACCUGUGCAGGAAAACAGUGAAUGGACAUUUAGACAUUUCCUCCAGAAGAGACCAACUUCCUCAUCCUCUGAAGGAGUUUCUCCAGGAGUAUGAUGCUCCUAUCUAGAAGUGUUGGACUAAUGCUCUUGAAGCAGCAAAGACUUGACAGAAGAGGCUGAUUUUAGUGCAGCUGAGAAGGAAAUGUGAUGUGCCUGUGUACAAUCAAGCCGAGUGACCAGAGUAGUAGAGCAGGAAUUAAUCUUAUGAAAAGGAGCAGAUUAAAGUUCUGACAAGAUGUGUAAAUGUCUUGCAGAAAAUCAGGCAGCAGUCCAAAGAAAAGAUGCAGAUUUUGGCUCUAAUAAAGAGAACAAAACUGCAACCAGGCCACAUGAAAAAGAGAGCACCCUCUGCUGAUGACGUACAACUUACUGAAAACUACAGUGUGCUUCACACAGCUGUCUACACUCUGAUGACACACAGGUUCCCUUUGCUGCUGCUGCUAACCAAUGUACACACACACACACACACACACACACACACACACUCACACACGCACACUGGCCUUAGAAACCAUCCCUCCAUUAAAGCUGGACUGGCUUUUACAAUCAGGCCAGCUUUUUUUUUUUUUUUUUGCUGACGUUGGGUGAUAAUCUUAGACGCGUCCAUCCAGCAUCCUGGGAUCUCUGACCAAGUGUGUGCUGGAAACACAGAGACAGUGGAAAGAGUACAGAUGAGUGGACACAGAUGAGUGUCUGGAUGGAAAAUGACCUUUUAAAAAUCUGAAUCUGAGGACCAGAAUAUGUGGAAAUGAGUUGUUUUAUGUGUCAUUCAGAGGGAAGGGUUUCUGCCAAACUUGCCUGAACUAGACAGCAGUUUGUCAGAGCAUCAACAUGACUGAAUCCUACAGGAUCUUACUUGAGAGAACAGAACCACUGUUAGGGAUGAAAUUUGCACCAAAACAUGUGGCAGUUUCUAUGUGGCACAGACAGGGUUGCCAUUUACUGCGAAUGAAUGUAUUGAAUAUGGUAUCUGUCUUUUCUACACCAGGGAAAGAAUGAACAAUGUGUCUUAUUUUCAUGAGUUUACAUGAGUGAAAUGAAGUGGAAUCUGUUUUUUUGUGCUGUCUUUUAUAAAGAUGUACUUCUAACCAGCGAAACCUCUGGCUGUGAAUGCUUGAAGAUAUUUUGAGAAGUUUGACAAAACAAGACAGACUGAUACAACUUUGCACUUAUUUAUAUUUGUAAGGAAAAUCCAUUAAUUUAUAAUAAAGAGCACUAUUUUUCUUUGAAAUGA